AUGGAGGCAAGGAUGAAGCAUGAUGGAGGCAAGGAUGAUGGAGGCAAGGAUGAUGGAGGCAAGGAUGAUGGUGGCAAGGAUGAUGGUGGUAAAGAUGAUGGAGGCGAGGAUGAUGGAGGCGAGGAUGAUGGAGGCGAGGAUGAUGGAGACAAGGAUGAUGGAGGCAAGGAUGAUGGAGGCAAGGAUGAGGGAGGCAAGGAUGAUAAAGGCAAGGAUGAUGGAGGCAAGAAUGAUGGAGGCAAGGAUGAUGGAGGCAAGGAUGAUGGAGGCAAGGAUGAUGGAGGCAAGGAUGAUGGAGGCAAGGAUGAUGGUGGCAAGGAUGAUGGUGGCAAGAAUGAUGGAGGCAAGGAUGAUGGAGGCAAGGAUGAUGGAGGCAAGGAUGAGGGAGGCAAGGAUGACGGAGGCAAGGAUGAUGGGGGAAAGGAUGAUGGAUGCAACGAUGAUGGAGGCAAGGAUGAUGGAGGCAAGGAUGAUGGAGGCAAGGAUGAUGGAGGCAAGGAUGAUGGUGGCAAGGAUGAUGGUGGUAAAGAUGAUGGAGGCGAGGAUGGUGGGGGCGAGGAUGAUGGAGGCGAGGAUGAUGGAGGCAAGGAUGAUGGAGGCAAGGAUGAGGGAGGCAAGGAUGGAAUGGAGGCAAGGAUGAUGGAGGCAAGGAUGAGGGAGGCAAGGAUGAUGGAGGCAAGGAUGAUGGAGGCAAGGAUGAUGGAGGCAAGGAUGAUGGAGGCAAGGAUGAUGGAGGCAAGGAUGAUGGAGGCAAGGAUGAUGGAGGCAAGGAUGAUGGAUGAUGGAGGCGAGGAUGAUGGAGGCGAGGAUGAUGGAGGCAAGGAUGAUGGAGGCAAGGAUGAUGGAGGCAAGGAUGAUGGAGGCAAGGAUGAUGGAGGCAAGGAUGAUGGAGGCAAGGAUGAUGGAGGCAAGGAUGAUGGAGGCAAGGAUGAUGGUGGCAAGGAUGAUGGAUGCAACGAUGAUGGAGGCAAGGAUGAUGGAGGCAAGGAUGAUGGAGGCAAGGAUGAUGGAGGCAAGGAUGAUGGAAGCAAGGAUGAUGGAAGCAAGGAUGAUGGAGGCAAGGAUGAUGGUGGCAAGGAUGAUGGAGGCAAGGAUGAUGGAGGCAAGGAUGAUGGUGGCAAGGAUGAUGGAGGCAAGGAUGAUGGAGGCAAGGAUGAUGGAGGCAAGGAUGAGGGAGGCAAGGAUGACGGAGGCAAGGAUGAUGGGGGAAAGGAUGAUGGAUGCAACGAUGAUGGAGGCAAGGAUGAUGGAGGCAAGGAUGAUGGAGGCAAGGAUGAUGGAGGCAAGGAUGAUGGUGGCAAGGAUGAUGGUGGUAAAGAUGAUGGAGGCGAGGAUGGUGGGGGCGAGGAUGAUGGAGGCGAGGAUGAUGGAGGCAAGGAUGAUGGAGGCAAGGAUGAUGGAGGCAAGGAUGAUGGUGGCAAGGAUGAUGGAGGCAAGAAUGAUGGAGGCAAGGAUGAUGGAGGCAAGGAUGAGGGAGGCAAGGAUGACGGAGGCAAGGAUGAUGGGGGAAAGGAUGAUGGAUGCAACGAUGAUGGAGGCAAGGAUGAUGGAGGCAAGGAUGAUGGAGGCAAGGAUGAUGGAGGCAAGGAUGAUGGUGGCAAGGAUGAUGGUGGUAAAGAUGAUGGAGGCGAGGAUGGUGGGGGCGAGGAUGAUGGAGGCGAGGAUGAUGGAGGCAAGGAUGAUGGAGGCAAGGAUGAGGGAGGCAAGGAUGAGGGAGGCAAGGAUGAUGGAGGCAAGGAUGAUGGAGGCAAGGAUGAGGGAGGCAAGGAUGAUGGAGGCAAGGAUGAUGGAGGCAAGGAUGAUGGAGGCAAGGAUGAUGGAGGCAAGGAUGAUGGAGGCAAGGAUGAUGGAGGCAAGGAUGAUGGAGGCAAGGAUGAUGCAAGGGAUGAUGGAGGCGAGGAUGAUGGAGGCGAGGAUGAUGGAGGCAAGGAUGAUGGAGGCAAGGAUGAUGGAGGCAAGGAUGAUGGAGGCAAGGAUGAUGGAGGCAAGGAUGAUGGAGGCAAGGAUGAUGGAGGCAAGGAUGAUGGAGGCAAGGAUGAUGGUGGCAAGGAUGAUGGAUGCAACGAUGAUGGAGGCAAGGAUGAUGGAGGCAAGGAUGAUGGAGGCAAGGAUGAUGGAGGCAAGGAUGAUGGAAGCAAGGAUGAUGGAAGCAAGGAUGAUGGAGGCAAGGAUGAUGGAGGCAAGGAUGAUGGAAGCAAGGAUGAUGGAAGCAAGGAUGAUGGAGGCAAGGAUGAUGGAAGCAAGGAUGAUGGAAGCAAGGAUGAUUGA